AUGGGGACGACGAAUGGACGGCCGCCACUCCCCGCCGCGCGACGACGCCACGCCGCGCGAGCGCAGAUGUCGCUCAAACGCCGGAGCAUGGACCUCCACGCCGUCGCGAACGCCGCGCCGUCGCCGCUCUCGGAGGUCGACCUCGCGCGCGUGCACGCGUCGCGCAACCUCGCGAGCGCGACCCCCGAGCUUCUCUCGCGCGAUCGCGCGACGAAGCGGUGCCGCGGCGCGGACGCGGAGGACGCGCCGUCGUCGUCCUCCUCCGACGACGACGACGACGCCGCCGCGCGCGAGCUCGCGCGCGCGCACGCCGCGCGCGCCGGGCACGUCGAGCUCGCGACGCUCCUCCGCUCGCUGCGCCGCGGCGUCUUGGACGCGGCGACGGAGACCAAGCUCGUCCACCUCAACCUCGCCGUCGGAAAGCACGCGGGCGGCCGGAUCUUCAACCUCGUCCUGAAGUCCUCGCACAGCUGGUCGAGGAACGACCCGAGCACGGUCCUCGCGCACUUAUCCCGCGCGGAGCGCGUGGGGAGUAACGCACGUUUGAUGGGCGUUUUGCGGCACCUCCUCGAGGCGACGUACCCGACCGCCGCGAGCGUCGCCGCCGCGGAGCACGUGUUCGACGCGAGCGGGGACGAACCUCUGCGGGGGUGGUGCGCGACGCACGGCGUGGACGCGACGCGCGUCGCGGUGCUCGAGGUGAUGUUGUACGACGCGAGCGGCGCGGCGUCGAACGCGCUGUGUUUUCCGCUGGCGUGUUAG